AUGAAAAACAGUCCUACUCGUAAUUAUGAAAAUUUCUCCGACCAUCGAGGGAAAGAGAGUGAUAAGUUUUCCUUAGACAGCCAGGAUACGGCAAGUUUGCAUUCAAACCCGGAGGAGACUGGAGUACAAGGAUUGAGUGACGUCGGCGUAGGCGCAGGAGACAUGUGGAUCAGUGCUGUUGAGAGUUCUAUUCUUAGCUGGGAGGAGGUGGCUGAUCGUCUGCAAGUGGAAGUCAGGCGAGGUCUAUCAUGGCGAGACGCAAAUGAUCGCAUGAACUUCGUGGGUCCCAACGAGUUCCAGGUGAAAGAAGAAGAUCCAUUAUGGAAGAAGUACAUCGAGCAGUUCCAGAACCCUUUGAUACUUCUGUUGUUAGGCUCCGCCGUCGUAAGCAUUUGUAUGAAGCAAUUCGAUGAUGCGGUGUCCAUAACAGUGGCAAUCAUGAUCGUGGUAACGGUGGCCUUCGUCCAGGAGUAUCGAUCUGAGAAAUCCCUUGAAGAAUUGAAUAAGCUGGUCCCGCCCAGUUGCAAUUGCCUCCGCGAAGGUAGCCUCGAACAUUUCCUGGCAAGAAACCUAGUACCAGGCGACAUAGUGCAUCUAAAUGUUGGCGAUCGGGUACCAGCUGAUCUACGACUGUUUGAAUCGUCUGAUUUGGCCAUUGAUGAAUCGUCAUUCACUGGUGAAACAGAGCCAGCAGUGAAAAGUGUUCUGCCGAAUAAAGCAUCCGCUGGAAGAGUGAACAAAGACAAUAUUGCGUUUAUGGGGACACUGGUUAGGUGUGGGAAUGCUAAGGGCAUAGUAGUAAGCACUGGCGAGCGAUCGGAAUUUGGUGACAUAUUCCGUAUGAUGCAAGCCGAGGAAGCUCCAAAAACACCUCUUCAGCGAUCCAUGGAUACCCUUGGAGCACAAUUAUCGCUGUACAGCUUCUGCAUCAUUGGCUUCAUCAUGGUGGCUGGAUGGCUUCAGGGCAAGGCUUUGCAGGAGAUGUUCACUAUUGGAGUCAGUUUGGCCGUGGCUGCCAUACCAGAAGGUCUGCCCAUAGUGGUAACAGUGACACUAGCACUAGGAGUGAUGCGUAUGGCCAAACGGAACGCGAUUGUCAAAAAACUACCCACAGUUGAGACUCUUGGAUGUGUCAAUGUCAUUUGCAGUGACAAGACAGGUACCCUUACAAAGAAUGAAAUGACAGUGACAACACUUUCAACGUCCGGAGGACAUAUAGCUGAAGUGUCAGGUUCCGGAUACAACUCCAAAGGGGACAUUCAGCUAAGAGCUUAUAAAGGACGAGACUUGGAUAUUGCCAGGAUGGGAGUCAAUAGUAUGCUUGAGGUUGGUAUAUUAUGCAACAACGCACACAUAAGGGAUGAAAUAUUGUUCGGACAACCCACAGAGGGCGCUAUACUUGCGUGUGCGCUUAAAAACAAUAUGGAGGAUAUACGUGAAACUUACACACGCCUGAACGAGAUACCGUAUAGCUCUGAAACAAAGAUGAUGGUGGUUAAAUGUGCUCCCAAAUUUAACGACGGGCAACACAAAGAAGAGGUAUUCGUUAAGGGGGCAAUUGAGAAUGUGUUGCCACUUUGCACACAUUACAUAGACAGUGCUGGCAACUAUGCAGUUAUGAGUAAAGAGAAACAGACCGACUUUAUGAAUGAGGCUUACAAUAUCGCUAGGAUGGGUCUACGUAUAAUCGCGUUAUGUCGCGGUAGCAGUCUUGAAUCGUUAACGUAUACGGGCGUGUGUGGAGUCUGCGAUCCGCCCCGCGAGUCCGCUCGUACGGCCAUCGCUGCCUUACGAAGAUCUCAAGUGCAGGUCAAGAUGGUCACUGGGGACGCCAGGCCUACUGCCCUUGCUGUUGGUCAAAUGGUGGGCUUGGAUGUCCUCCACUCGCAGUCGCUGUCCGGAGAACAGCUAGAUUCAAUGUCUGAUGAUGAACUGGACGCAAUCAUAGAUACCGUGAGCGUGUUUUACCGAGUGACGCCAAAGCACAAGUUAUGUAUCGUGAAAUCACUUCAACGGCUUGGGAAUAUAGUUGGAAUGACGGGCGAUGGAGUAAAUGACGGCGUGGCGUUGAAACGUGCGGAUAUCGGGAUAGCAAUGGGACGAAACGGAACGGACGUGUGCAAGGAAGCCGCUGACAUGAUACUUGUUGAUGACGAUUUUGCUACUAUUAUAUCCGCAAUCGAAGAAGGAAAGUGCAUAUUCUACAAUAUACGGAACUUCGUGCGUUUCCAACUGUCAACGUCAAUCGCUGCGUUGUCGCUUAUCGCUCUCGCUACUCUCAUGGGCAUACCUAAUCCGCUAAACGCCAUGCAAAUAUUGUGGAUUAAUAUUAUUAUGGACGGUCCCCCAGCUCAGUCGCUGGGAGUAGAACCUGUAGACCACGAGGUCUUAAAACGCAAACCACGCGAUACAUCACGACGGAUCCUCUCCCGCGCAGUACUUGGCUCAGUACUGCUGUCAGCUGCUAUUAUCAUAGCUGGGACUUUGUGGGUGUUUAAUAGGGAGAUGUCCGACAACAAGAUAACCCCCCGCGAUACGACGAUGACAUUCACAUGUUUCGUCUUAUUCGACAUGUUCAAUGCCCUGUCGUGUCGUUCGCAGACCAAGUCGAUAUUCGAAGUGGGAUUAUUCUCAAACAAAAUGUUCCUGAUAGCGGUGACGCUAAGUUUGAUAGGACAAAUGCUUGUCAUCUACUUCCCGCCGUUACAGAGGGUGUUCCAGACGGAAGCCCUUACUGGACAUGAUCUGAUAUUCCUUGUGUGCUUGACGUCAAGCGUGUUCAUAGUGAGCGAAGCUAAAAAACUAAUAGAGCGUACGAUCAAGAGGCGAUCCUUCCCAAAGUUUUCGACGAAGGCCCGCGAUGCGAUGGAUUUUGUAUGA